CCUAUGUAGGUGCUCUGUAUUCUGUGAUGGUUUAAAUUUGGUAGUGAUUCGUGAUGGUGUGGUCGAAAGUUUAUUAAUUUUUAUAAAGUGUUGUGUGUGAGAAUUAACACGUUAGAUUAUCAUUUAAUUUUUAUACUAUUAAUAUAUUUUCAUUUAAACUAAAACGUGUUUAUUGAUAACUUUCAUGACAACCUCCACAUUAACUUCAAAUUAGAUUUGCCGAGCCUUGAUCACAAAUUGUGACAAUGUCUUACAAUUCCACGCUUGACGGCUUCUGUGGAUCUAAGUUUUGGGAUUCCAAUCUUACAUGGUAUACGGAUAGCCCUGAAUUAACACCAUGUUUCCAGAAAACCGUCCUAAUAUGGAUACCAUGCCUGUACCUGUGGGUAACCGCCUUAUUCGAUAUGUAUUAUAUAUUACACAGCAAAGAGAGAAACAUACCAUGGAAUCUAUUAAAUAUCAGCAAGCUUGCCAUCACAUGCCUAUUAAUAGUAGUGAAGUUUGUGGACCUGGGAGUCACUGUGCACAACUCAUCACAGGAUGACAGCAUAGUGUACAAUGCUGACUAUUACAGCCCAAUAAUAAAGAUAUUCACUUUCGGUUUAUCGGCGACACUAUUAUAUUAUAAUAGAAAAUUUGGUAUGAGAGCAUCAGGGGUGUUAUUUUUCUUCUGGUUACUGUUAAUAUUAGCCGGACUACCACAGCUCCGAUCUGAAGUAAUACGGCAUUACCAAAUGGAAGAUGACGAAAAUGUCAAAUACAAUUUCAUCAGUUACAUGGUUUAUUAUCCACUUAUAGUUUUAAUGUUUAUAUUAAAUUGUUUCGCCGACUUGCCGCCAAAAGACACGCCCUAUAAAUAUGAAAAGAAUCAAUGUCCAGAAAGCGCAUCAGGGUUCCCGAGUCGCCUUACUUUUAGUUGGUUCGACCCUCUCGCGUUAACAGGGUUUCGCAGAAGCCUAACCGAUAAUGACCUCUGGGCACUUAACCCGCCGGAUUCUUCCAUUGAAGUGGUGCCACGUUUCGACAAGUUUUGGGAAAGAUCUUUAAUGAAAAGAGAAGAUUCAAAUGGUACAAAGGCAACGUACAGUAAAACGUCGGCAAGCGUGAAUUUCAAGCCUGAGAGUGAAAAGCAGCCAGCCUCUAUAUUGCCAGCUCUAUGCUUGGCGUUCGGGGGACAGUUCCUUUUCGGAGCACUACUGAAACUUAUCAAUGAUACCCUCAUGUUCUUAUCACCACAAAUACUUAAGCUUCUAAUAGGUUUUGUAGAAGGCAAUGAGCCCGAUUGGAAGGGUUACCUUUACGCUAUAGCCUUAUUGGCAUGCGCUACAAUACAGACUUUGUUAUUGGCACAUUAUUUCACGAGGAUGUACCUGGUUGGUAUGCGAAUAAGAACGGCGCUGACAAGUGCGAUAUACAGAAAGUCACUACGAAUGUCCAAUUCAGCCAGAAAAGAGUCUACUGUGGGAGAAAUUGUCAAUUUAAUGGCCGUAGAUGCACAGAGAUUCAUAGAGUUGACAGCGUACUUAAAUAUGAUAUGGUCGGCCCCGCUCCAGAUUGCUCUGGCUCUAUAUUUCUUAUGGGGUAUAUUGGGGCCAUCAGUUCUGGCUGGCCUGGCCGUAAUGAUCAUCCUUAUACCAGUGAAUGGGUUAAUUGCAAACAGAGUAAAAACAUUACAAAUUAAACAAAUGAAAUAUAAGGAUGAAAGGGUUAAAUUAAUGAAUGAGGUGCUCAAUGGAAUUAAGGUACUUAAAAUGUAUGCAUGGGAACCGAGCUUUGAGGAUCAAGUACUUAAAAUAAGAAACAAGGAAAUGAAUGUACUUAAACAAACAGCUUAUCUCAAUUCUGCCACGUCAUUUAUAUGGUCCUGUGCACCAUUCUUGGUGUCGCUGAUGUCAUUCGGAUGUUUUGUGUUGGUCAACGACACAGAAGUGCUCGACUCUAAGAGGGCUUUCGUAGCAUUAUCACUUUUCAAUAUACUGCGUUUCCCAUUAUCUAUGCUACCUAAUGUUAUAUCAAAUGUUGUACAAACUUCAGUUGGUAUAAAAAGAUUGAACAAAUUCAUGAAUUCCGAUGAAUUAGAUGAUAGUGCAGUGGAACAUGACCCCAAAGAACCUAAUCCUUUACUGAUAGAAAAUGGUCACUUCUCGUGGGGUGCAAAAGACUCUGAUCCAGUACUUAAAAAUAUCAACUUGCACAUACCACGAGGGUCCCUCGUGGCCAUAGUUGGUGCUGUAGGCUCCGGCAAGAGUUCUUUACUUUCAGCGUUGCUCGGGGAAAUGAACAAAGUUUCCGGGCGAGUCAAUACACAUGGUAGUAUAGCGUAUGUGCCGCAGCAAGCAUGGAUUCAAAACGCAACGCUGCAAGACAACAUCCUGUUCGGCAAGCCGCUCGACAAACACAAGUACAACAAUGUGAUAUCAGUGUGUGCACUCAAAACUGAUUUCGACAUGUUACCCGGCGGCGACCAAACAGAGAUUGGAGAAAAAGGUAUUAAUCUGUCUGGAGGACAAAAGCAGCGCGUAUCGCUCGCACGAGCGGUAUACUACGAUGCCGAUAAUUAUUUCUUAGACGACCCACUCAGCGCUGUCGACUCUCACGUCGGCAAACACAUAUUUGAUAAGGUGAUAGGUCCAAAUGGACUCCUCAAGAGUAAAUCCCGCGUGUGGGUGACACACAACGUGUCGUACCUAGCGCAGACUGAUCUCGUGAUCGUGUUACGCGACGGGGAAGUCUCCGAGGCAGGCACCUACCAACAGCUGCUCGAGAAGAAAGGCGCUUUCGCCGAGUUCCUUUUACAUCACCUAAGUGACGCUGAGAGGACAUCGCCUGAAGAAUUAAAUGAAAUAAAACAAGAUCUUGAGACCAAACUCGGGUCUGAGUUUCACAAUAAACUGCAACGAGCUCGGUCGUUGUCUGAGAGCAAUUCAGAGUCCGAUCAAACAGCUGCAGGAGAUCGUGCUGGCAGCGUAAAGAGACGGACACCAGACGAUGUUACACAAAAUGAAUUAAAAGAAAAGAACAAACUCAUUGAGACCGAGAAAACUGAAACGGGCAGUGUGAAAUGGGGCGUCUACAAACAUUACUUAAUGAGUGUGGGUGUUCUGGCAUCUGUCGUUACGGUGUUAAUGAACCUUGUCCUGCAGGUGUUCCAGGUUGGCUCCAACUAUUGGCUCGCGGAGUGGUCCAAUGAUGAAACUAUGAUAGUCAACGGUACCGUAGAUACGAACAAACGAGAUAUGUAUCUAGGCGUGUACGGCGGCCUCGGCAUCGGACAAGUGGUGUCGGUGUCGGUGUCGUCGCUGGCGCUGUACGUGGGCGCGCUGCGGGCGGCGGGCGCGCUGCACGACGGGCUGCUCGCCGGCGUGCUGCGCGCGCCCACCAUCGGCUUCUUCGACUGCACGCCCGUCGGCCGCGUGCUCAACCGCUUCAGCAAGGACGUCGACGUGCUCGACAAUGUGCUGCCCAUGACGCUCAGGGGCUGGACCACCUGCUUCUUUGCGGUACGCACGAUAUCGUCGUUUUUUGCGGAUUUAAUGCCAUAUUUGGCAUGUUGGCGGGCGUCGCGGUACAUCCACGCUCUCUUGUUGGACAAUGUGUUAAAGGCCCCGUUGCAAUUCUUCGAAGUGACACCGGUUGGCAGGAUACUCUCUAGAUUUUCUAAAGACAUCGACGUCGUGGACACGUUGCUGCCCUCGCAGUGCUCAGACGUGAUAUAUUGCGCGUUCGAGGUACUUGGAACAUUGUUCGUCAUAAGCUACUCGACACCGAUCUUCUUGGCAGUGAUAGUGCCGAUCGGAGUGGUAUACUACGUGAUUCAAAGGUUCUACGUAGCCACGUCGAGACAACUGAAGCGGCUCGAGUCCGUGUCUCGCUCGCCUAUAUACUCACACUUUGGAGAGAGUAUCACCGGCGCAAGUACUAUACGGGCGUAUGGUGUUACACAGAGGUUUAUAAAGGAGUCGGAGCGCGGCGUGGACCACAACCAGUCGUGUUACUACCCGAGCUGCAUAGCCAACAGGUGGUUGGCAGUACGGCUGGAGAUGAUCGGCAAUCUGAUCAUAUUCUUCGCCGCAGUGCUCGCGGUCCUCGGCCGGGAGACUAUCAACCCGGGCCUCGUUGGUCUCUCCAUUAGCUACGCGUUGCAGAUCACUCAGACAUUGAACUGGCUCGUGCGAAUGACCUCAGAAGUAGAAACCAACAUUGUGGCUGUUGAAAGGAUAAAGGAGUAUGCAGAAACUGAACAGGAGGCGGCGUGGACGAUAGCCGGCAGCGGGCCCGGGUCGACGUGGCCGGAGACGGGCGCGCUGCAGCUGGAGCGGCUGUCGCUGGGCUACCGCGCCGGCGAGCCCGCGCUGCGCGACCUCACCUGCGCCGUGCCGCCGCGCGACAAGCUCGCCAUCGUCGGCCGCACCGGCGCCGGCAAGUCCACGCUCACGCUCGGACUCUUCCGGAUAGUGGAAGCAAUGAGCGGGAAAAUAUUGAUCGAUGGGAUCGACAUAUCGACGAUAGGACUGCACCAGCUACGUUCACGCAUCACUAUAAUCCCUCAAGACCCAGUGUUGUUCUCUGGCACAUUGAGGAUGAACCUCGACCCCUUCGAAGCAUACACCGACGAACAACUUUGGCGGUCGUUAGAGCAUGCGCAUCUUAAGAACUUCGUGAAGGGUCUGCCGUCGGGCCUGCUGCACGAGAUCUCGGAGGGCGGUGAGAACCUGUCGGUGGGGCAGCGGCAGCUCGUGUGCCUAGCGCGCGCGCUACUGCGCAAGACGCCACUGCUAGUGCUCGACGAGGCCACCGCCGCCGUCGACCUCGAGACCGACGAGCUCAUACAGAAAACGAUUCGUUCGGAGUUCGCGUCCUGCACGGUGUUGACGAUCGCUCACCGCCUCAACACUAUAAUGGACUCGACCCGCGUGAUGGUGCUGGACAAAGGUCAACUCGUGGAGUACGCGCCUCCAGAGCAACUACUGCAAGACAAAAACUCUAUUUUCUAUAGCAUGGCUAAGGAUGCCGGCCUCGUCAAUUAAUAUUCAAUAUAGAUUUUUUACCACAACCAUAAAAUGAUCCAAAAAGUGAAUAGAUAUAUGUGUAAAAUCGUUUAAAGCUGGACAUACAGUCAAACUAUUACUGUUGUACAUUUAAAAAUUAUGUUAGCGUAGUAGUCUGAAAUAAAUGCGUCGCAGUUCAUGACGUGCUGCCAUUGUCCAUCUAUCCACAUUGCACACCGUACGUACCUCAAUUAAUUACCGCAGGCGUUGAAUCGCAUUUAGUAAAUAAGGAACUAUGAAAUUAAUAUAUUCAGAUGGCGUCAUCACAAUUGCACCGUAUACGUCAAAUGUGUGCCCACACAUUACGGUAUUCGCCCGCACUGAUGUAAUCUGUAUACUCAUUAAGCGUUUUACUAGAAUACAACACGGAUAGAUGUGCGAGGUCGCGUGUAAUUUCAUACGAAGAUCUCAAACUGACUACUGUGGCGCUUGUGUCAUUUAAGCGUGCGUUCACCUUUAAACUUAUUAUUUUCAAAAUUAAUUUAUUCUACGAUGAAUCACUGUGCAUAUAACGCUUACAAUAUUUAUCGGUCGCGUUUAUAGACGGUACAGUCAUAUUGGUUUGAUACCACUCUUGUUAGUCGAAUCAAUAGUAUAUUGAACAACUUGUCAAUCUUGUCUGAAUGUUAUAAUUUAUACAAAAUAUCAAUUUACUUUUUAGAUCAUUUAUGGUAAAAGAAUGUGGAGAUUAUAACUAAUUAUGAACUAAACAAUACAAAUAGUGAUCGUGUAAUAUAAUGAUGUGAGUGUAACUCUACAAAUAGUACUGAGUUGUAUAAUAUUAGAAUUAUAUAAUGAGACAAAACAUGGUGAGUUAAGCAGCUAAUGUAAAAUAAUUAUAGUAUUUGCUUUGAUUAUUUAUCACGAUUCAAUUAAACUUUCUCAUACUCUGAUAUUUACUCAAUCAUAAUAAAGGUCAAAAAAUUAAAAAGCAAAUCGAGUUUAUACUAUUUCAUAUUUAGUUUAAUUUAAGCAUGGAAUAGAUGAACAAUUGUCAUUUUCUCUGUCACUACAACUGUGAUUUACAGGCAAUAUUACUAUGUUUGAUUAUGAUUAAUUAACAAGAACAGAAUAUCCAACUAUUUGCCCAGUUAUAAUAAUUUUAUUGUUGAAUCUGGUAUUCGUUUCAUUAAGGUUUAUUGAUUUUUUUCAUUACUAUGUUAGUUUUGUUACCGAUAAUAUACUAUGUUAGAAUUGUUAAAGUUAUUGAACGCAAUUUUAGAUGCAACUAUAUUUAUAUCACAUAAUUUUUUAACUUAAAGCAGUUCGCUCCUCAAUCUUGAAAACCCAUUUGCCUUCUCUUAUAUCUGGUUUUUCUAAAUUUCAAGGCAUUUUAUAUUACUAUAAUAUUAUUAAAAAUUCUUCUGAAUCGCAUCUACGUACUGUUUUUUAAUCUAACCAAUCGUCUUAUUCGCGAACUCGACGACUUCCAGCCACCUGAACAAGCUGGCCAUCGAAAGCGUUUUAGUGUCGUAGACUUCAUACAUAAUCGAGAUAUGGGCGGUACUACAAUCCCUCCAGCGGGGCCAGAUUGAUUAAAGGUGUAUUGAAGUGUAUAUACAGUAAAGCUACAAUGUCUAUCCCAGUAACCAGGGUACGAAACCCAUCCCAGUGCAGAAGUGUGUAAAACUUGUAAAUAAGGGUGACGUGGUAUAUGCUUAUUUUAAUUUUAUUUUAUCACAUUAAUCCUAAAAUUCAUAUAAUUUAAACCUAAAAAGUAUUAUAUUCUCGAAUUUAUUGUUUUAAAAUAAUAUUGUAUAAAAAAUUGAAAAUAUUGUUAAUUAGUGAAUUUUGAUCAAAAAAAUAUUUCAAUUAGUAAUAAUUUAAUGAAUAAGUAGUGUAAUAUAACAUUUUUCAUCAUUUUAUACAUCUGACUUUACAAAAAAAAGCAUUUAGUCAUAUACGCAUUAGGUCACAAAAUACAGUUUGUCAGAAACACUGUGGACACGAUCGCAAUUCUUUUUAUAAAAAUUAACGAAACUCAUUUAGAUUCAUGGUUUCCAAUAAAAUUCACUUUUCACAACUUUCUUAAAAGUUUUACAUCGAUAUUAUUUUUAUUGACUAAAUAUAAUAACAAAACAACAAAUUUACUGUAUUACAAUAAUUUACAAUCAAAAUAUAAGUGACGACGGGCGUAUUAUGACUACCUAAUGUGCACAUGACCGAAUAAGUUUGUUACGCAUGAAGCAUGUAAACGUACACUAUAGUGCUCAGAUUCUUGUUUUAAUAUAUUAAUUAUUAUUACAUAUGGUUUGUCUCAAAUAACUUUAAUAUUUUUAUAAAAGAUAAGGUUAAGCAACGUCAACUGUAUUAAAAAAAAAUCAUUUAAAUAUGAAGGCAUUUGUGUCCUUUUUAGUUGUCUACUUUAUUUAGCAUUGUCUCUGCUGAUAUAUAAUUUGAACUUAUUUUGUAAUAUAAAAUACAUAAACCUAUUGUAAUGUAUAUAUGCACAUGUAUACAUAGUUCUUAUAAGAGAAUCAAAAUUCAAAGUAAAUCUACCCACUGCAAUUGUAGUCCUAAUAAAAUUGAUUAGGAUGUAGAUUGUAUUAUUAAAUUUUCUUAAUAGAACAUAAAAAGAUUAGUCCAAAAUACAUGAGCAGGUAGGGAGCAUAGGUGGACAUUACCCGUUAUAGAAACCCCAUUGCCUCCCUAGAAAUUAGUGGAAUUUUGCUAUCAUUAGAUUUACUGAAAUUCUAUUCAAUCUUCCGAGAAAAUGGUAUAUAUAUUAUUUAAAAAAAAAAUAACAUUAAUAAAUUUACCUAUUUUAUUUAACCAUACUACCGCUAUUAUAGAGACAAGACUGCCCAUUACAAUUUUGCAUUUACAUAUUUUAUACAUCACAGUAAAGUUAUUUAUAUGUACAUAUUCUACUUCUGUAUAUACAUAUUUUAAUGAUUGUCUGAGACAAUACACACAAAAACGUACUCGUAUAUAGUGAUUUGUUAAUCUCAAUACACAAUGACAAGUUUCCUCAUUCUCCUAAUUUUUAUUUUAUUUAGUUACCUCUGUUUAUUUUAUUAAUUUCAUAAAAUCUGAUUUAUUAGAAUUAUACACAUCUGACUAAUAAAAUUGAUUUACUUCUUAAUUAAUAUUACAGGUAAUUAAUAUUUUUGAAGAGGUGUUCUUUUUUUUUGUAAUAGCACGUCAUGUGACAUGAAUACAUUCUCCAGUAUUAACAAUAUUCUGUCAUCAUUUAUAAACGAAAUAAAAACAUGGUUAAUUUUAUGUAUUCACUAUCUGAUCCAACAGACAGACGUGCGUUGUCCUGACCAAAUUUUAAAUAUUUUUUUUUCUCUAAUAACCGUAAUCUGACUGUAACGAACAUUAAGAAAAAUAACCAAACCGAUCCAGUGGUUACUCUGAUUAAUAAAAUAUAUAUAUACCUACUUACACGUCAUGCCCUAUACAGAGUAGGCAGAGAAUCUAGCGUCAAAACCUUUAGUCUUACAUAAGAUCUAUCUAUGUACUUAAUAAUUCUAUUAAUGGCCAUAUUUCGUUCAUUUCGCUUCAAAUCUUGGCCUUUUGUUACAUCUUUGUUAUAUUUUAUAUUUGUGUAUUAUAAUUAAAAGACUACCCUAUUUAAUGACAUUAUUUCUAUAACAAAGUAUGUAUAGGUAUAUAUUUGUUUUGUUUUUAUCAAUUGUGAUACUUCAGUAUAAUUUUAUGUGUAUGUUAAAAUAUGUACAUAUGUAAAAUAUAAAAAUUGAAGUAACAAAUUGUCAUACUAUGACAUUGUUUUAUAUAAUACUUAACAGGGCCAUUAUUAAAGUUUUCUAUAAGUUUCUCUGACAAACAAUUUCACCUCAAAUUAUAAGUACUUAUAGCAGAAUAAUAAUAAAUUAAGAAAUAAAUCUCGUAACCUUAGGUAUAUGUACUUACAAGCGUAUACUUAACACAUUAUUAAUUUUGUAAAGUAAAUCUCGACAAUACUUAGAAGAAUUUGAAUUUUAAUAAACAUUUAUGCUACUAAUUUUAUAAAUGCGAAUGUUUGUGAGGAUGGAUGAAUGUAUGUUAGUUUUUCAUGCAAAAAGUACUGAUGAUUUAAAUUUGGAACACGGAUAAAUAGGAUAUUUCAUAUGUUUUACGCGGGCGAAGUCGCGGGAUUCAGCUAGUACAGAUAUAGAGACAUAUAUAAAU